AUGUUGAAAACGCACAUCGGGCAACUGGCGCGCCCCGAAACCACAGCCGACCGCGACGUUCUGAAAACCCUUAUUCAGCGUACACAGCGCUUGGAGGCCCACCUGCACAAAGUGGAGGUCACCCUGACCCGGUCCAAGCCCGGGCCACGCAUACCGACGCGCCCCACCGCGUCCACGCCGCCCUCCAUCCGCGCAAAGCGAGCGCUUUCCGUCCUGCUGACGGGGCUCAACUCGAGCAAUUGCGCGAAGCGUUUGGGAAACAUGGCCGGACAUGAUUCACCUGACAUCACGGACGACGAGCGCGAUCGUAUCGUCCGAAGGAAGACCGAGGCCAUUGUGGGAAAGCCGAUACUACUCUCGUCGACGGGCAAGGUCAAGGCCACCCCUAUCCGCGAUGACUCCAUCGCCGCUACGCUCAAGCGCGCCGCGCGCGGUACUGAUCUGUCGCUCGUCCAGAUCCAUAGCAGCAACGGUGUCCUUUUCGAGUGCCGCAACGUCUUCCGCGCCUAUAUGUGGUUCAAGCAAGUCGACCCUCCGACGGAAAAGCGCACCCCCGCCGAAUUGCGCCACUCAUACAAUGUCCCCGAGCAUAUCGCGUUUUUCGGCAUCGACGAACGAAACAUCUCCCGCUGGAGCCGCUCGCAGUACGGCGUCUUUAAUGUCGUGUCGGAGCGAGCAAACGCCGCCAUUCGCUUUUACAUGAACCGCGAGACCACCGGCGAAGAUGCCUUCGUCGCCCUUGUCAAGUGGCUCAGUAGACACAAGUCGCUCUUCACGGCCAAGUGCGAAAGGCGUCGCGUCGCGUUUGAUGCGUCUCGCGGCAUGUUUCUGCCGCCCUGCGUGUACCCCUUCGAGGAGGACGCCUCACCGCGCUUCACGCGCGGCUCCAUCCCGCUGAGACAUAUCAGCAGCAACCCCGCCCCGCCCACCGUGCGUCUCCCCGCAGGAUCCGCAGCACAGCAACAGGCGCAAGUGCAGGCCGCGCAUGCAAACGCACCCAACAGCGGGCCGCAACAGUCAAGAGGUGGGACUGCCGCUGCGCACGCUGCCGCCGCUGCAGCACAACAAGCUCGUCGGCAGGGACAGUCGAUCGCUAAGCAGCAACCCGUACCGGUCACCAUGGGCGCAACUCGUGCCCCUUCCGUGGACACGAGGGCCGCCCAGAACCGCCAGCGCUGAGAGCUCCGCCGCAGCUUGGACGGGAUACUAGGUAUGACGGCUACAACAUGCUUCAGUCAAGACACAACGGCUCUAAUCACACGUCUCAAAGUCCAAGUAACAUCGCUCAGUACCGCGUCAACAGCUUGACGACAUCGCCUCGACCGCUCACCUUGACAACAUCCAUCGGUCUUUCCCCCAUAUUAUUAGUCGCUGCCAAGUCGGCACCAAGUAACAGGAGCUUCUGCACGACGGCCGGGGCCCCGUCAUCCUGCCUGGCCACGGCCAAGUGCAGCGGGGUGUUGCCGUGUGCGUCCGUCAUAUUAACGAGUAGCGCGGCGUCGUCAGUGCGGUGGGCAAAAUCCUGUCGCGCGCCACCCACGCCUCGCGCAAGCUCGAACAGGGCGGACACAGUGAUGGCGUCUGCCUGCGCCGCGGCGGCGUGCAGCGCAGUCUGGCGGUCAUCGGAUCGCUGGACCAGGGCGGUGGCAAUGAGGCCUUUGCGGAUCAUGCGGGUCAUUUGCGAGAUGUCGCCGAGGCGGGCGGCGCGGAACCAUUCCUCUGCCACUGACGGUGGCGGAGACGCGGGGCUGGAUCUGCACGUCGUGCGGUAACGGGGGGUGCGGUUUGGCGGAAUGCUAGUGACAUGUGGUUUGUUGGGUGCGUUUCGGAGGCGGCGAUUGAUUUGUGGGAGUGGAGAUACGAAGGCGUUCAUUAUUGGAAAGCGUUUUGUACCAAGAACAGGUCAACUGGUCGGUCUUUGGCCUGGUGUAUAGAAAAAGGUUGGGCGAGGCAGGGUUGCAAGAAGGGGCAAUUGCGAUCAGGUAAGAAGAGGGGGGCGAGCCCCAGGACUGAUGUUUAGAGGCAAGCAUGUGAAGUUUGGUAGGACGAAAAGAAAUUGUCAAUUUUUUAGCCCAACCACGGCUAAUCCUUUAUGUAAAGAUGUGAAGUACUACUGUUCUA